AUGUCUGUUCAUGGUUCUGAAGCAAAUCGUGUGGUUGAAAGUGAAUUUGGUAGCGUUUCGUUGGAAGAAACACGUAUUCGAAGUAAAAGAUCGGUAGUUAAGAGGAGAAUAACUACAACUUUACGUAAAUUGGAGGGACUUGUGGCGAAAUUUGGUAGCAAAACAAUAAUAAAAGGGUAUGUGAAUAAUUUAUCUGAAUAUUUAAAAGAAGCUGAGGCACUUAAUACUCAACUUCUCACUCUGGUACAUGAAAGUGAGCAUGAAGCUGUUUUAAUUUGGUAUGAAGAACAAUUAGAAAGAGUCCAUGAUGCCAAAUUAGAGGCUGAAAGUCAUCUUGAGGGGCGCUUACAUGAAGUAUCCUCAGUCGCAGGAACAUUUCCUGGCAUGCAAGAAAGUGCGCAAAUACCGAAUUUAAUUAGCUCAAAAUCUGUAAUGACAUGUAGUUCAAAAUCAAGUGGAAAAGGAGCUGAAGUUCGUGCGAAAGCCUUUGCCGCAGAGUUAAAAGCUAAACAAUUAAUGGAAGAAGAAGAGAAAAGAAAACAAGAGUUGGAAAAACAAUUAGAACUUGAAAAAAAUGUAGCUAUGGCUAAAGAAAUAGCUGAAAGAGCAAAACUCGAGGCUGAAGAAAGACGAAAGGUCCAGCAAGCGAAGGAUGAAUGGAUGCGUUUAAGGGCGGAAGCAGAGAUCCUGGAAAAUGAAGAGGACAACCCAGAAAGUUUGUCAAACAGACUACGUGACUUUGAAAAUGAGACAAAUGAUAAAGAACAACCUCCAACAGUACAUCAACAAAGUCCUCUGAAGAUUAUAACAGAAAAAUCAGCACCAGUGAAAGUUCCUGAAAAUACUACUCAUAAGGGAACAUUAAACAGUCAAGUUGGUCAGAAACUUCCUAGUGGAAAUAGUGUACCAAGUAUAUAUGUUCAACCCAGCUCUAAUAAUCUGCCAAGAUUAAAAUUAACCACUUUUGAUGGGGACUCUCUUAAGUGGCCUGAUUGGUCUUCUAUGUUUAAAUCAAUGGUUGGUGAUGCAAACAUAUCCCUAAAUGCCAAAAUGCAACAUUUACAGAACUCAGCUACGGGUAAAGCUAAGACUUCAAUCGAGGGGUAUGGCUAUAGUGGUGAUUCAUAUAACAAAGCAAUGUCUGAGCUGGAAUCCAGAUUUGGUAAACCAUCAUUAGUCAUCAAAGCCACUCUUGGUAAGUUGAGAACCUUCAAUCGCUUACAAGAUAAUGAUCCAGAAAGUGUUCGGAGCUACUCUGAUGUUGUGUCAACUACUGUAUGGACGCUGUCAAGAUUUGGUUAUGUGAGUGAUCUUAAUGCGGAAGCAAACCUGUCGUUGGCUACAUACAAGUUAUCAAAUGAACUGCUACUAAAAUGGAAAGAACAUGUCAAGGAUGGCAAACUAGACCGUCCAAACUUGAGCCAGUUUUCAGAUUGGCUCAAAGGGCAAGCUGAUAUUUAUGAUGAGUGUGCAAGGUCAUCAAAGAAGAAUUUCAAGAGCAAAUACCAAAAGCAGUAUGGCCCAUCAAAUAGAGGAGAAAAUCAAACUGUAUUAUCAUGCAUAAUGUUGGAUGGAAGUAAACAUAGCCUUAGUGAAUGUGCGAAGUUCAAGAGUUUAUCUGUCGAAGACCGACUUGUGGAAGUUAGGAAACAUCGACUGUGUUUUUGCUGUUUAAGUAAGGUUGAACAUUGGUCAAACAAAUGUCCUGUAAGAAAGCAGUGUCAAAUAAAUGGAUGCAAAGGAUAUCAUCACAGUCUUUUACACAGAAUGGAAAAUAAGGAACCUGGCUCUGGAAAUAAACCACCUGAAAGAGAAGAGAACAUUGGAGCAACGUUUGAAAGUAAACAAUGUUCACAGGUCAAAAGGGGUAUGCCGGUCUUACUCCAGGUUAUACCUGUCACUUACAUGGUCCAAAUGGAUAUUUGA